AUGAAGGAGAUUCUAGGCCCAGACUUCACAGCCAUUGACGACUCAAUCAACCAGUCCAUUGGGAAAUACAGAGACCUCCUACAAGCAACAAAGAUCAAGAAAUAUCAGCGAGACACAGAGGACUACCAGCUCAAUCAGGUCUACGCAUGGGAAGUCCCAAGGACGGGAGCACCAAGAGGCCGACUUAGGGACGCACCACUGACCAGGGGACGCAGUUACGCAGCAGCUGGGAGACGCGGACAUAGAGGCAUCCACUGA